AUGGACAGAGGCCCCCCGCGAUCGUUGGGCUACAACAUCGAUCCUUCUCCAGCGAUUCUCUUCUCAUCAAACCACAGCAAGCACUUUGGCUAUCAGGUCCUCCAACUUGGGAAAGGCUCUGCAGCAAGGAAUGGCCCUACAGCACAUGGCCUAUCAAUAUUAUCCCACCUCCUCUAUUUAUUCUCUUCCAGAGUCAUUGUGGGAGCUCCAGGGGAGCAGAACUCCACAGGCAAAGUGUACCAAUGUACUUUGAAGAGCAAAGACUGCAAGGACAUCCCAUUCCAGGAGAAUUCUCCAAUACCCCAUCUCGGCAUGACCCUGGCAAGCAAUAUACAGGGAAAUAAAAUGAUUGCAUGUGGGCCAGGCGUUGAACAACACUGUGACAAAAAUCUUUAUGUAAGUGGAAUCUGCUACCUGUUUAACACCAAACUGCAAAACCCCAAGAACAUAACAACAGGAUAUCAAAAAUGCCUGAAAGGAAAAGUGGACCUGGUGUUUCUUUUUGACGGGUCGGCAAGCAUGAAAACAUCUGAGUUCUUGACUAUCAAGGAGUUCAUGAUUGACGUCAUGAAAGAAUUGUGGAAUAGUUCUGUACAUUUUGCGGCCGUGCAGUUUUCAGAGGAUGCCAAACUCGAAUUUGAUUUUAACAACUAUACCAGUAAUCCAAAUCCUGAAAAACUCUUGGCCAAUGUCGUACAUGCCGAGCAAAUAACAAACACCUUCAAAGCUAUCAAAUUUGUGGCAAACGAAGUCUUCAUUCCCGAACGUGGCACGCGAAAAGAAGCAAACAAAGUGAUUGUCAUUAUCACGGAUGGGGACGCCUCAGACAGGGACAGGGGACAUAUAGAAGCUGUCAAGAAAAAGAACAUUUUGCGCCUAAUCAUUGGGAUUGGGAAUCACCUUAAUGAACCUGAGUCCCAAAGGAAUCUCAAACGGAUUGCCUCAGAACCCACAAAUCAAUUUUUUAAAAUUCUUGCCAGCUUUGAUCAGCUCAAAGACAGUUUCAAUGAUCUCCAGUCUAAUAUCUUUGCCAUUGAAGGUACCAGUGACAGCAGAUCCUUCCAUCUGGAAUUGUCAUCCAGUGGAUUCAGCGCGGAUAUAUCCCAGGAUCGGGUGAUUCUUGGCGCUGUGGGUGCUGACAACUGGGCUGGGGGCAUUCUGGAGCAGCAGAAGGAUUUUGCCGGUGAAAGAUUCAUCACAACUCCCUCAGUCCGGAAAGAGAUGGAAGGGGCCUACUUGGGGUAUACACUCGCAUUUCUCCAGCAUCGUCAGAAAGAGUUCUACGCUGUUGGUGCCCCUCGAUACCAACAUUUGGGAAGGGUCCUCUUAUUUGAGGUUGACGCCAAAACUCAGAACUGGACAUUAAAGCAAGAAAUUAAAGGGGAACAGACUGGGUCAUAUUUUGGAGGGGUGCUUUGUGCUGUGGACAUAGAUGGUGAUCAAGAAACAGACCUGCUGCUUAUCGGGGCCCCGCAAUAUUUCACCGAAACAAGAGGAGGCCGAGUUUAUGCAUAUGGCUGGGAAGAGGAUAAUCUCAUUCUCCUUGGAGAAUUUAAUGGGAAUUUAGGAUACCCCUUGGGCAGAUUUGGAGCAGCCAUCACAGAUCUGGCAGACGUCAAUGGGGAUGGACUGAUGGACGUGGCUAUAGGAGCUCCCUUAGAGGAUGAAGAGAGAGGAGCUGUCUACAUCUACAACAGCCAUGAGAAGACUCUGCAGAUAGAGUAUAGCCAG